AUGAAGGUCUUCAUCGCAACAAUCGCUCUGGUUCUGGUGGCCAUCGCCGAGGCCUCCUAUCUGCCAUACGGUGGUGGAGUGGUCAGCAGCUACUCUUCGGUUGCCUAUCCAUCCUACGGACUGUACGGCAAGUCGGUUGGUGUUCCGGUUGUCAGCAAGUAUGCCUAUCCCGCGGUGUACAACAGCUACCCACUGUUUAACAAAGUGGUGUCAUACUCCGCCCCGGCAAAGGUUGUGAGCUAUGGCGGUUAUGGUUAUGGUGGUUACGGUGCCGGCUACGGUUUCGGUUAUGGUAAAGUUCUACCAUCGAAGUACUACUACUAA